CAUCACUGCAGCCGGCUCCUUGGGGCAGUUGUUUGAGUCGCCAUAGGGUCAGGUUGCUCGAGUUCGCCCACCAUGGCUUCUCCUGCAGCUGCGUCUCGAGAGCGUCGCCCUUCCCUCUUCGAGAAGGGGGAGGCGUCGCCCAAUUCGUUGCAGCUCGCUGAGCAGAUAGCUUCCUUCCAUGUCAACCCCCAGACCGGCAACAUCAUCACUGACAAGGUGACCAUCGUGGGAGCCGGACAAGGUACGAUACAUUGCACGCGACGGGCAGGGAGGGAAGCCAGGGCCGAACUGAGGACGAAAGGGGGGUUUGUUGUGUGGGGCUUCUUCUCUCAGUCGGGAUGGCGUGUGCCUUUGCCAUCAUGGCCCAGGGUGAGCGCCGAGCGCCCCAUUGGCUGUGCAGGCUGCUGAGUAUGGUCACACCUCCCCUACUUGUGGUGUGGUGCAGGUGUGAGUCACCAUCUCGCCCUCGUGGACAUGCAGGAAGACAAGGUGAGCCCUCUUUUCCACAUGAAGCGGUGUCUCUCCGUCCAUCGGAUCCCAUGGCUGCUUGCUCUGCCCUGUGCUGUGUGUCCGUCUGUGUAGGUGAAAGGCGAGGCGUUGGACCUGGAGCAUUCCAGCGCCUUCGUUCGUGGCGGCCUGAAAGUUGAAGCGUCCUCCAGUGAGACGACACGGAUACAGGGGACCUGAAGGCAAUGCACUGACUGUACGUGUGGAUGUGUGGGUGCCUUUGCAGCCUACGAGGUCACACACAGCAGCAGUGUGUGUGUGGUGACGGCUGGCGCCAGACAGCGGGAGGGGGAGAGCAGACUCAACCUGCUGCAGCGUAACGUCGAAGUGAGUGAGAGUGACAAGCACACACACAUCCACCAGCCCAGAUGAACCACGCACAGACAGACAGACAGACAGACAGACAGAAGCACAGACACACACACACACACACAGCACCAAGCACAGUGCUCACACACCACAGCCACAUGGAUCCCCUUCUCUCCCUCUCUCCCCCCGGCUAUGUGUGUCUGCUGCUUCAUGUCGGUUAAUACAGAUCUUCAAAGGUGAGAGACUCAAACAGACAGCACAACCACUGCAUUGCAUGCACAAACACUCCACGCAAUCCAAUCCGUGUCUGUCGCGCCCUCUUCAAUGCAGGCAUCAUCCCCGAGUUGGUGAAGCACAGGUGACCCACCAUCGCUGGGGAGACAGGCAGAGCCCCGUCAUGUCAUGUCACGUCAUGUGGAUGUGUGCCGUGUUUCUGUCUCUGUGUCUGUCUGUUUCUCUGUGCAGUCCCGACUGUCUCCUUCUGAUCGUUUCCAACCCUGGUGAGUGGAGUGGACGGGCUCAAUAUGAGUUGAUGCCAGUUGUGGAUGUUCGUCCACCCGACUGGAUUGAUCAUUUCCGCGUGGCUGUAUAUGUCUAUGCUGCCUGUCCUUCUGCUCGACUGGCCAGUGGACAUCCUGACGUGGGUGGCAUGGAAGCUGAGCGGUCUGCCCAAGGAACGCGUCAUCGGGUCGGGAACCAACCUGGACUCCUCCCGGUAAGCAACCAAGUGAGACGAGAAAACACACGCACAGGGCCCUCCAUCUCCCCCGUGUCUCUCUUCCUGGGGUGCGUCAUGCUCAGUCUGCGCACGUUCAUGAGUCAGCGUUUGGGUGUGGCCGCGACCAACUGCCAUGGAUACAUCAUCGGAGAGCACGGAGACUCCAGCGGUCGACGCGGCGCACUCACAUACUGGCACAAAAGACGGUAUGUCUCCUGUGUGUCCAUAUGCUGCUUGUGUCUGCUGGCUGCAGUGCCGGUGUGGUCGAGUAUGACGGCCUGCGGUGUGCGUUUGCGCGACCUGAAUCCCAAGGCAGGGAUGAAGGACGACCCUGAGAAGUGGGGAGAGCUGCACACCCAAGUCGUCAACGGGCGCGUUGUUUCCAUGGAGGAGAGCAUUCGAUCCAUCCAUUCUUCUGGUUGUGUGUGUAGUGCGUACGACGUUAUCAAGGCGAAGGGCUACACCUCCUGGGCCAUCGGGAUGAGCGUCGCGCAGGUUGUCCGCACACUCCUCAGAAACGAAAGCAACACGCACGUCCUCUCCGUACACGCAAAGGUAGGUACACAGACAGACAGACGCCUGCCCGAAGCAACACGGCGAGACACGUGCUGAUGGUGCGUGCACGUCCUGUCCGUGUGUGUGCAGGGUCUGCACGACAUUGACGAGGACAUGUAUCUGGCGCUGCCCACCAGUGAGCAGCGUAUGAUGCACUGGCGUGUGAUUCAUUGCUGUCUUCUGGCCUGUCCUUUCAGUCGCGGGCCCCGUUGGUGUCCAGAAGAUCAUUGCCCUGCAGCUCACCAAAGAGUAAACGAGAACGGACACCUACAUGGGCCGUGUAUGUCAUCUCUGUGUUGCGUCAUUCGCAGCGAGGAGGCUCAGUUGCAGAAGAGCGCCCAGACGUUGUGGGAGACCGCCAAAGACCUCAAACUCUGAAGGCCCGUGGAGACUGUAUUACGGUCAUCCCAACCAUACGACACGGCUUAGUCGUAGUCACCCCUUUCUUUCGCGCCUGAUGAAUGGCUGAUCGAAUUUUGCGGCAUGAUCGAUGGCACUAAGUGCUUUGUGCUCAGUAAGACUCUGAUUGGACGGGUAGGGGGGGGGGGCAAGAGACUGUGUGCUUUAGGGGAAGGCGUGACCGACUCGGAGCG